GGCAUAAAUCGUAGGUUAUACUUGCUUGCGCCCCAAAACUCAGUGCAGAAUGCUGUAAUUUUGCCCAGCUUCUCUGCCUCCGACCUCAGCCUCAAGCCAAAGUCAUGGAGUGGGAGAACACGAAGGAAAACUGCGUUCCCGUUCGAGCGGGGCGCAGCAAGGCUGCUCUGCAGGAGCUUGCCGACCCGGCAGCAGAGGCGCUCGAGGCAAAGCGCAAAGAGCUGUGGGCCCAGGUCGCUGAGUACCAAGGCGAUGACCCGCUGGAAGCAUGGCAAAAGUACAUUAAGUGGAUGCAGGAAUACGGCGUGGGUGGGGGAAAGGCGGACCUGCAGAAGGUGCUGGAGACGUGCACCAAAGAGCUGCAAAGGCUGCCCCGGUACAACAACGACAUACGCUUCCUGCGCAUAUGGAUUCAAUAUGCGGACUGCCUCCCCGACCCUGGUGACGUCUUUCUUUACCUUCGGGAGAAAGACAUCGGCCGCGACUUCGCCCUGUACUAUGAGGCCUACGCCACCUUCUUUGAGCUGCGCGCAAAUUUCCAGAGCGCAGAUGCGGUGUACAUGGACGGAGUGCAGCGGGGGGCCAAGCCGCUGGAGCGCCUGAAACAGAAGCACACAGCCUUCCAGCAGCGCAUGGCCCACCGCAUCAAGCGCCGCAUCCAGGACGAGCAGGAGCUGGGCCCGACGCCCGUCGAGCCCGUGCGUGCGUCCCUAGCUUCCAUUGGUGGGCGGCCCGGCGGCUCCCGCACGGUGCAGCAACAGCAACAGCAGGCCCCAGCGCUGGGCGGUGUUUUGGGGGCGCCGUCUGCCGGGCAUGCUGCCCUGUUCGGAGCCCCGCCGCCGCCGGCCCAGGUGGCUCUGGGGCGGGGCACGCGGCCGCUGGCGGUGGUGGCGGAUGACGAGUUCAUGGGGCUGGGGCGGGGCGACUCGGAGAACGGGCCGCUUCCCGGCUACAGCACCAUGCCACAGAUGAACAACCUGAAGGAGCUCAAGCCCUACACCGUCAUCCGCAAGGAGAACACGGACCGAGCCACCGCGUGGAACCAGUUCUCGCUGCUGCCGGGUGGCGACACCGGCCCCGGCGGCGGCGCCACCAGCCUGGGCCUGGGCGGGCCCGGCGCCGCCGCCUCCGCUUCGGGCCUGGACAUAUUCACAGACGAGGAGUUUCAGGAGGGCGACGAGCUGCGGCGCGGGGGUUCCGCUGCAGGCGGGUCAAUGGGACCGGGCAUGGGCGCUGGCGGCGGCGUGGCGGCGAUGCACCCACUGCUGGCGCCAGCGUCCGCCGCAGCAGCGCAGGAGUUGGACCCGCUGCUCCGCAGCCUAGCGCCGCCGCCAGCGCUGCUGCGGGGGUCGCAGCCGGCGGCUCUGGCCGCGCUGGGCCUUACCGCGGCACCUGCUGCUACCCGCGCGAGUGGGCUAGGUGGCGCGGCUGCGGCUGCAGCACCGCUGCCUGCGGCUGGGCUUUCAGGGCCCGGAAAGUCAGCACUUGCGCCGCAAGCCUUCGGCACCGGCAAGCUCGUCCAGCAGCCUGCAGCAGCCUCUGCGGGCGUGACCGCAGCGCCAGCCCCCGUUUCCGUGACAGCGGCAGCGCCGCCUGCGACCGCCUACAAAGCCGCUGCAUCGGCCGCUGCAUCCGCCGCACCGACGGCGGUGCCGGGCCCGCCGCCGCUUCACCCGGUGGCGGCGGCUGCACUUUCCGCCGGCACGGACGUGGAUGCGUCUCACUUCAGCUACCUGGGGCUGCAGGACGGGACCGCAAACGAGAUGUCGUAUGAGGAGCUGCGAGCCCAGGCAUGGAUGCGCAGGAACCCACCGCACAAGCGCCCCGCGUCCGCCACCAGCGGGCCGGCAGCGGCUGUAGCGGCCCCCGCGAGCACUUGGAGCCAGGAGGCGGCAGCGCCGGCCGCAUCCCUGGUCGUGGCCCAGCGGGGCAUGGCUGGCCUCAUCAUUCCAGACGAUGACGAUGAUGGUGAGAACGGCCCGGCAGUGAAGGCCCAGAAGACGGCGGCAGCGGGAAUGGCCGUCGGAGGCAGCAGCCGGCGCGCCUUCGGGCAGGUGCUCCCAGGCAGUGGCGGCGCCAGCGCCCUAUCUGGCGGUGGCGGAGCAGCUGGAGGCAUCGGCGCACUCGGCGUCCUUGCAGGUGACAAUGAUGAGGGCGCCGGCAUUGCCGCGCCGACCGCGCCGGCACCGGCGCAAGUAGCGGACGAGAACCCGCCAACGCGGCGGACACUUCCAGGCGAGAGCGGGGCUGGGGCGUCUGUCGCCCCCGUCACACUUCCGUCACUCGCGGCCACGACGCGGCGCCCAGCGCUCGGCUUACUGCACGACGCAGCACCAGCCGCCUCUCCUGCAGCAGCCUAUGAGCACCCGCCGUCGGCGGUGCCGCCCCAAUUGUAUGCACCGCAGGCCCAGCUACCGGUGGAGCCGCCUGCGGUCCAGGCAGCCGGGCCGCGGCCGGAGCCCACCGUCACCAUCUCCACACGUGGCGCCUUCGACCUGCUGAACUCCAUGUUCAGUGAUGACCUGCCCCACCAGCAGCAGCGGCGUGUGGCACACCAGCCGCAGCCGCAGCCCCAGGCUCAGCCGCAGGCCAGACCGGCGCCGCUGCAGGCCCGGGUUCCACAAUUUGCAACUGCCCCAGUCGUUGAGCCCGCACCCGCGCUGGGCAUGGCGCCUUUGCAAGCCGCCGUCCCCGCUGUGGCGGCCAUGGCUCCGGCUCCCGCCGUGGCGGUUGCGGCGGCGGCCGCUGCGCCUCACGAACCGACGGUGACGCUGCACACGCGGUUGGCGUUUGACGCCAUCAACGACAUGUUCAGUGACGCUCUACCGCACGAGGAGGCGCGCCGGUCCCGCCGAGUAUCCGCGGCUGAUGGCGGCGGCGCCACCACCAAGCCCAUCACCAGCUCCGACGUACGCCGCCUGGCCAAUGCAGGGCGUGCCGGUGCAGGCGCGGGCGGAGCCGUGGGCGCCACCGCUAUGCACGCGCCGGCGUCGGCACUGCCUUCUGUCCCCAUGUGCCCGGCCGGUGCUGCCUCAUCGCUCGCUAUCCACGAGGAUACCUUCUUCCUCGGGCCAGCAGCAGCGGCGGCGGCGGCAGCGGCAACGGCGACGACGCAACGCGGCGCCGUUCAGGGCGCGGCCGCCUGUCAGCCGGUCGCCCAUAUCUAUGAGGACACGGAGUAUGUGGGGCUGCGCCCCGCCGCUGCUGGACACGGAGCAGGGCUGGGUCUGGGCGGCAGCGGCAGCGGCGGCCCAGCAGGCGGUGCAGGGAUCAUGGGAGCCCUCAUUUGCGAGGAUACGGAGUUCAUCACCAAGCCCGUAGUCACAGCGGCGGCAGGCGCGACCGGGGGCAUCGGGUAUGGAGGGCGCAGGGGCACGACGGACGCGGCGGUCGGGCCUGGCAGGCCUGGUCCAGCAGCAUUGGGCCCACGGCCGGGCGGUGUGGGUGUGGGACGCCCAUCUCUGGGCGGCAACGCAGCGCGGCAAGCGCCGUAUGCGCCAGGCGUCGGGAGAGGCGGUGGCAGUGGCAGUGGCAGUGGCGGCGACUUGCAGGUUUGGGAGGACACACAGUUUGUUGGUCGCUCCGGGCAGUUUUGAGAGUGAGGCUGCGAAUAAUGCUGUAGCGCUGGUGGUUUUUUUGCAUGCAUAUGUGCUGUAGCCCAUGCAGUGCAUGCACGUGCUUCUCCGCGAUCCAGGGGGACGAAGGAAGCCCCCCAGGAACACUCUGUGCAUGCGUUCCCGCAUGCGUGCGUGCCUUUGUUACAUGGAUCUCCUGAAGCGGCUCUCCAGCAUCUUGAGCAAACAGUGUGCGGUCUGCUGCUGUAGGCCAGGCACGCACGGCGCGUGCUGUGACGGCUCGGAGAGUUUGCGUGGGCCCGCUGUUCUUUGCGCUGUGCGCAACUGUGUGAGCGGGUUGGCACGCAGCUGCCAUGGAGCACAGUGAGCGGCUAUUGUGCGGCUGCCCCCAGUACCGAUACCCGCUGGUGGACUAUGGAGGUGGAGCAUCUGGUGGCAAAUCUGUAACGCGGCUCCCCCAUGUAAUAUUACAUGCAGCUUCGCAGCUGCAGUACCUUGAUCACACUCAGUGCUCGUAUCUUACAUCUACACUGCUGGAAAUUUUGGGCUGCGCUUCUGCGGAGUGUAGGGGAAGGUUUCCGGGGGUAGUUGCCGCGGAAGGGGUCAUCUACGCUCUGUACUCUGUAGACGCCGCGGGCCUGAGGGCAUUCACAAGAUACGGGUCCUGGUUACACUUGAGACGCUUCUGACAGCGUCUGCGAUCACAAGGCUGUGUAAGUGUGUGGGCCU